CGGGAAGGGCCAGGGGCGUGCGUGUGAGCGUGUGUGCGUGUGGCGCUAAUAAAAGCCGAGCGCAAGCCCCCUGCCUGCUCUGGGACGCUGUAAAAGCCUCACCUCCCGCGCUCAGCCGUACCGCCGAGCUCCCCUGCCCGCACCGCCGGAGCGUUGUGGUUUGGCUCCUUGCUCGGCAUUCUCCAUCAUAAAUAUCCUAUUCAGAACUAAACCCAAAUCUUCACUGUCUGGAUCUCCUAAAGGUCAGCAAUUCGGUUCCAUCAUACUGAGUUUACCUGCAUUCAAAGCUGUUUACCUACAGUAAUUUUCUCUGGUUGGAAGUGAACAUGUCUCAAGUUCAAAUUCAGAAUCCUUCUACUGCCCUUGCAGGGAGCCAAAUACUGAAUAAGAACCCGUCUCUUUCACAGCCGUUGAGUAUUCCUUCUACUACUAGUUCUUUGCCCUCUGAAAAUGCAGGUAGACCUAUCCAAAAUUCUGCUUUACCCUCUGCAUCUGUUACAUCCACCAACGCAGCUGCAGCUCCUUCUAACAUGGCAAACCCCAAAGAGAAAACCCCAAUGUGUCUUGUGAAUGAGUUAGCCCGUUUCAACAAGAUUCAGCCUGAAUAUAAGCUUCUGAGUGAGCAAGGUCCAGCUCAUUCUAAGGUGUUUACAGUGCAGCUGACUCUUGGGGACCAGCACUGGGAAGCUGAAGGAACUAGUAUUAAAAAAGCGCAACAUGCGGCAGCUGCCAAAGCAUUGGAAGGGACAAAAUUCCCUAAACCUACAGCUCGUCCAUCUCGUAGCGAAGGCAAGAAUCCAGACAGUGUAACCCCCACAGUGGAGUUGAAUGCACUUUGCAUGAAGCUGGGAAAGAAACCUAUGUACAAACCUAUUGAUCCUUAUACGGGGAUGAGAUCCACUUACAACUAUACUAUGAGAGGUGGUACUUAUCCUCCACGGUACUUUUACCCAUUUCCUGUUGGGCCUUUGCUUUAUCAAGUUGAGCUUUCAAUCGGAGGGCAGCAGUUUCAUGGGAAAGGAAGAACAAGACAAGCUGCUAAGCAUGAUGCAGCUGCUAAAGCACUGAAGGUUCUGCAGAAUGAGCCCUUGCCUGAGAAACCAGAGGUUAACGGAAAAGAACCAGAUGAUGAAAAUCUCAAUAAAUCUGAAAUAAGCCAAGUUUUUGAGAUUGCACUUAAAAGGAACUUGCCUGUGAAUUUUGAGUUUUUCCCUCUGAAACAGGUGACUAAGGAAAGUGGUCCUCCCCAUAUGAAGAGCUUUGUAACCAAGGUGUCAGUUGGAGAAUUCAUGGGUGAAGGUGAAGGAAAGAGCAAGAAGAUCUCAAAGAAAAAUGCUGCAAUAGCAGUCCUAGAAGAACUGAAAAAACUGCCGCCCCUUCCUACAGUUGAGAAAAUGAAGCCGCGAAUCAAAAAGAAAACAAAAUCAAUAGUGAAGCUGCAAACAAGUCCAGAAUAUGGUCAAGGCAUGAAUCCCAUUAGCAGACUUGCCCAGAUACAGCAGGCCAAGAAAGAAAAGGAACCAGAGUACAUGCUUAUCACAGAACGUGGUCUUCCAAGACGCAGGGAAUUUGUUAUGCAGGUGAAAGUUGGUGUACACACAGCUGAAGGAAUGGGCACGAACAAAAAAGUUGCUAAACGCAAUGCAGCUGAAAAUAUGUUGGAAAUUUUAGGUUUCAAAAUCCCUCAACCUCAGCCUCCAAAGCCAGCAUUAAAGACAGAAGAGAAGACACCAGUGAAGAAACCAGGUGAUGGAAGAAAAGUAACCUUCUUUGAGCCAGGCUCUGAAGAGACUUCAACUAGUAAUAAAGAAGAUGAGUUUAGGAUGCCUUAUCUCAGUCAUCAGCAGCUUCCUGCUGGAAUUCUUCCCAUGGUCCCUGAGGUUGCACAAGCUGUAGGAGCCAAUCAAGGACACCACACCAAAGAAUUCAAUAGGGCAGCCCCAAAUCCUGCCAAGGCUACUGUAACAGCAAUGAUUGCUAGAGAGCUAUUGUAUGGUGGUACUUCUCCUACUGCUGAGACCAUAUUAAAAAAUAACAACUCAUCAGGCCAUGUACCCCACGGACCACUUACUAGGCCCUCUGAGCAGCUGGACUAUCUUUCCAACGUUCAAGGAAUCCAGGUUGAAUAUAAAGACUUUCCAAAAAAUAACAAGAAUGAGUUUGUAUCUCUUAUAAACUGUUCCUCUCAGCCACCACUGAUCAGCCAUGGAAUUGGAAAGGACGUAGAAUCUUGCCAUGAUAUGGCUGCAUUGAACAUUUUGAAGUUGCUGUCUGAGUUGGACCAACAAACCACAGAGAUGCCAAGAACAGGAAAUGGACCAAUGUCUGUAGAAGUUAAAAUGCCAAGGGCUGUUACCUUCCUCAGAAGGAUGAGAGGAUGUGUGAAACAAGAAAUGGAAAGUGACCCUCUUCUCAAACCGGCUAACUCAAACACUUUGGGACAAACACUGGACAGCACUGCCUAAAAAGGCUUUUGACUGGACCCAAACCUGAAAGCACCAGAGAAAAUCAAAUGCUUCCUAUUAAUGUAACCUAACUGUUUUAGAGUGCUACAGUCUUUACAACCUACUGUAGUGUCUAAAUCAUAACCGUUGCUUUUUCUUCAAACAGUGAUUAAAUUUUUAGUUUCAUUAUGUUGUUUUGAUUGAAAUGACACUAUAAAUUUUUCAUUUAAAAGUUUCUUAAUUGUAUCUAGAACAAUAGCACAGUUUAGAAACUUUGUCUUCUGAGACUGACAUGUUAUCUGUGAACUAACUUGGGAAGAUCAUAUCCAUGUAUGUGGUUAUUUUGUUUUUAUUGAAAUAGCAAGUUUCACUGGAAACAAAUUGCGUGCCCACCAUUUUUUAAAAGUCCAAUGUUUUCGCAAACCUAGCUUAAUUAUCCAACGGUUGAGUGAAUUAAAACACUUUAGGAAUUUUAAACUUUGAUCAUUUUUGGUUACUUUCUAGUUUUCUUGAGUGGGGGUAUGGGAACUUGAAUGCAACAUGACUUUAAAUGAUCUCUGAUCUAUGUUUUAAAGAUUGUGUGUAUAGAUGGCACACAGCUCACUACAUUACAGGAUAUGAUCUCAAUGUAGUGCAUAUAAAACCGCAGAUUGAUUUUCCUUGAGUGCUUUAUACUGUUUAAUUACAUCUCCAUGUAGGGCUGAAAAAAAUUACCUAUGUUUAUAUAUAAACUGUGUUGCUUUUGAUGUUGUGUUAUUGCGCACUGAACUGUGCGCAAUAAAGUUUUUGCAUAUGGUCCAGGUAAAGCACGAUAGCCUUGCAAGUUAAGUACUGCUUCAGUUCAUUGUUUACGCUGGAAUUUUUUCUCCCCAUGGAAUGUAAGUAAAACGUAGUGUUUGUCACCAAUAAAUGGUAAUACUAAA